GGCUUUAAAAACCCGAGUACUCACGCGCGCACACACACCUGCACAGACGCACGCCCUGCACAAGGAUGUGGACGAUGACCACAAGACUGCUUGCCGUGGGGAUCACAGCUUGUAUCAUCACGGGCGGGGUUUCCACGACAACGCUCCCGGCGCCGUCGACCGGGGGCUCGGCGACGGUCGGCGCGUCCACCGACUCGUCGACAGGCGUCAUGACGACACAACGGCGGGCAAACAAUACCCAACAGUACACCCCGUUUCCUGUCUCCACGGCAACGACCGCCAACGUGACGACCGUCACGCCGACAUGGAGCAACGCCACGUGGGGCGCUGCGAGUAAGACUCCUCCUCCAGCCGGCGGCGGCGGCGGCAUUCCCGGUUGGGGGAUCGCUCUUCUGGUUCUGGCCGCCGUGCUCCUCACGCUCCUCCUCCUGAUGCUCGUCACCACGAUGUUGUGGUGUUGCUGCAACAGGGGGCGCUACAACUCCCCCGACGACAUCCCGCUCUACACCACGCACUCUCGAUUCUGGAACGCCAAAUCCGCCCUCGCCGACCAGGAUGUGGACAAAAAAUGAAGAUGACCAAGCGAGGAGACGGCGCUUGAGCCCACGAAACAAAAACAUGAUUCGGAUCGAUUCCUAAUGAUUCAUUCAGAUCUUGAGAUUACGUAAUAAGGAUAAUCAGAGACAAUGUUGACGAGCAGAAGAAGAAGAUGAAGCGGAAGAGGAAGAAGAAGGAGAAGGAGAAGAAGAAGAAGGUUUGGAUGAAGAAGGCGUUUGUUUGUGUUCUUCGGGUCUGAAGUCCGCAUGUUCCGAGCGGGCUCGGCUCGGUGAGUCAGCGGCCGGCUGACGAAUUACUCCGGACGUGUCGACUUUGGUGUUUGUCUCCCUGACAACCGUGUUAAUCAAUCAAUCAAUAAAUAAACAAGCGCUUUUGUAUCAGA